UGAAGGCGGCGAGAGGGAAGGCCGCAAAGGAUUUGCACCUUGACGAACAGCCUUUCGAAAGAACCAUCAGGUUCAGAGUGGCUCUUGGUUUCAAAUCGCUGACUUGCCGUUAACAGCCCAACAUGUAACUCACUGUGCCACCAUCAGGACUCUCUUAAUUAUGUGUGUAAAGACCUUUUUUCCAAAAGAAGGUCAUCUUCAUAGCUUCCAAGCUAAAAGACUGAGUUCACCUCAUUUUCUGUUCUUGUUAGCUGACGUUGCAUUGGCCCCAUGCACGGUGGAACUAAACGCUGCCCAGUCAAGCACCAUCCCCAAGACUGGACCAUUGUAAUCUACAGGCUUUCACUGACUUGACCUUGAGAAGUACGUGAACAGCUCCCACAAGAUGGCAGCUGCCGAAGACGAACUUCAGCGGCCACGGCUCCCUGAGCUCUUCGAAACCAGUAAGCAGUUUCUGGAGGAAGUGGAAGUGGCGAUGGAACCGACUGGUUCCUGGGUAGUCCAGGAUAAGGUGCUUAAGGGACUGGACCUCCUUGAGAAGGCUGCCAAAAUGCUAUCACAGCUCGACUUGUUCAGCCCAAAUGAAGAUUUAGAAGAGAUCGCUUCCACCGACCUGAAGUACCUUUUGGUGCCAGCAUUUCAGGGAGCCCUGGCCAUGAAACAAGUCAACCCCAGCAAGCGCCUCGAUCACCUGCAGUGGGCCCGAGAGCACUUCGUAAACUACUUAGCCCAGUGCCAUCGCUGUCACGUUGCAAAGUUUGAGCUGCCCCAAACCAAGAGCAACUCGGCUGAACAUAACACUGCUCCUUCCUCCACGGCCUCCUCCAACCUCUUUGUUAGGACAUCUCAAAGACAGACUAAAAUAGGGAAAUACAGGCAGAGGAAGGAGGUGGAGCGCAGGUUAUCCGCACUCAAGUCGACUGUGGAAACUGGCCAAGCAGAUGAUGAACAUGUCCGUGCCUAUUAUCUCCUGCAGCUUCAGAGGUGGGUUAGUAUCAGUUUGGAAGAGGUUGAGAGCAUUGACCAAGAGAUAAAGAUCCUCAGAGAAAGAGCCUUCUCAAAAGAGACAUCACCUUCUCCCGCAUCUCGGCAGGACAGACCGCCGCUGAAACCCUUCAUUCUCGCUCGAGACUUGGCCCAAGCCAAGGUGUUUGGAACUGGUUAUCCGAGCCUGGCCACUGUGACAGUGGAUGACUGGUAUGAACAGCACCGGAAAUACGGAGUGUUACCAGAUCAGGGAAUUGCCAAGAUGGCAUCAGAACAGGAGGAUCGAGAACAAAAGGAGGAAGAGGAUGAUGAAAAAACAGUGCACCGAGCCCGGGAUUGGGAUGACUGGAAGGACACCCAUCCUAAGGGUUCUGGCAACAGGCAGAACAUGGGUUAAUCUUCCCAUGACAAGAUGGGACCAGAGGAACUCCCAUCUUCCCCGCCAAGGAAAGCUGUGCCGUUUUCUCCUCCCUGGGCUCCUGCUUUAGCUGUUGACGACAAAAGCUUUGUGUUCAAUAAAGUGUCAAAUGAU